AGAGAUUUCUUAAUCAGCAUAUCACUAAGAACGCUUCAACAAGUCAUCCAUCUCUCCGUUUAAUGAUUGAUUAAUCAAGGUUAAUAAUCAAGGUUAAUAAUCAAGGUUAAUAAUCAAGGUUAAUAAUGGACCAACUUAUCACACCAAACCAUAUGCAUCGAAGGUCUCAUCCAUUAUAAUCAAAAGGACAUUAUCCCAGGACUACAUCACGCUGUGACCGUCCCCUGCCGUCACAGUCAAACCAAUGUCAGCAUCCUAAAUGGCGCCCUAUUCCCUACAUAGUGCACUACUUUUGACCAGGGCCCACAGUGUGUUACUUGGUGAAUAGGGUGCCAUUUGAAAAGCAGACAUUGACUAUUCACAAACUGUGACUGUAUUAAUGUUGUUUGUUUGACCUGGGGUCUGCUCUACGGUGAGGCAGACACAUCAGAGAUUUAGCCUCCCAGUCUCAACGCUACACUUAAAGGGGAGCUUAGUUUCUGGCUGCUGCAAUUUAGAGAGUGACUUUGGGGUUUGGAGGUGUGGAUGCCCUCUGUCUCUGAAUCCCACCGCUGACACCAGUGUGCACCAAGGGCGCACAGUAAAAGCAGUAGACAACUAUUCUGGCUCUCCGGGUAAACACAAUAUGUGCAGAGCAGAGCUCUCCAAUCCUGUUCCUGGAGAGCUACCCUCCUGUAGGUGUUCUCUUCAACCCUGUUCCAUGAGAGCUACCCUCCUGUAGGUGUUUUCUUCAACCCUGUUCCAGGAGAGCUACCCUCCUGUAGAUGUUCUCUCCAACUCUGUUCCAGGGGAGCUACCCUCCUGCAGGUGUUCUCUUCAACCCUGUUCCAGGAGAGCUACCCUCCUGUAGGUGUUCUCUCCAACUCUGUUCCAGGGGAGCUACCCUCCUGCAGGUGUUCUCUUCAACCCUGUUCCAGGAGAGCUACCCUCCUGCAGGUGUUCUCUCCAACUCUGUUCCAGGGGAGCUACCCUCCUGUAGGUGUUCUCUCCAACCCUGUUCCAGGGGAGCUACCCUCCUGCAGGUGUUCUCUUCAACCCUGUUCCAGGGGAGCUACCCUCCUGUAGGUGUUCUCUCCAACUCUGUUCCAGGGGAGCUACCCUCCUGCAGGUGUUCUCUUCAACCCUGUUCCAGGAGAGCUACCCUCCUGCAGGUGUUCUCUCCAACUCUGUUCCAGGGGAGAUACCCUCCUGUAGGUGUUCUCUUCAACCCUGUUCCAGGAGAGCUACCCUCCUGCAGGUGUUCUCUUCAACCCUGUUCCAGGAGAGCUACCCUCCUGCAGGUGUUCUCUUCAACUCUGUUCCAGGAGAGCUACCCUCCUGUAGGUGUUCUCUCCAACUCUGUUCCUGGAGAGCUACUCUCCUGUUGGUGUUCUCGCCAACUCUGUUCCAGGGAGCUACCCUCCUCUAGGUGUUCUCUCCACCUGUUCCUGGAGAGCUACCCUUCCUGUUGGUGUUCUCCAACUCUGUUCCAGGGGAGCUACCCUCCUGAGAGUUACCCUCCUGUUCCAGGAGAGCUACCCUCCCUGUAG